CCAGGCAUGACAAUGUUCAAUAAUUAAAAGUAACCCUGUCCAUUUUCUUCGCGUUAUUACGGUAACAGCACCCGGAAAUGCGCGAUAUUCAGAUAUUCUUACGUUCGUACAAGUAUGAUACAAAGAUCCGUGUUGUUCCUAUGCAGUGCUAUAACCGGCACCGUAGUAUUUCCGCGUGAAAUGCCGAGACACGUUCUGUGGAUGACUGCGCUUUCGCUGUAACCGUCUCCGUAGAAACGCGGCUUGUAGUCUUUUGUGACAUUGUUGUCGCCGCUACCCCACGUGUUGCAGAAGCGACCACCGAGCGAGCUGCAUCGACAGCUUGAAGUCAUCGCUGUCACUGCGAGCUAUUACGAUUCUGUAGUCUUUACAGUUCACAUCUCCCAUUCCUUCCAAAGGUUAUACAAUGAGUGAAUACUUCUCGCUGUCGGAGUGUGAUGUAAUUGGCUUUGAUUUGGACCACACGCUCUGUCGAUACAAUUUGAAGGAGACCUCCAGGCUGAUCUAUGAGAGUUUUGCACGGUAUCUGGUGGAACACAAGGGCUAUGAUAAAGAUCUGCUUCAUUUAACACCCGCUACUUGGGACUUCUGUUUUAAAGGUCUUGUGGUGGACCUUGAGGAGGGCAACCUGAUCAAGUUGGCAGAGGACGGUACUGUCUUGCGAGCAACUCAUGGCACUAAAAAUCUUAGUACUGAUGACAUCAUAAAGCAUUACGGUCCAAAAAGAGAAUGGAAGCAUUUUAAUAGCCUCAAUACCUCGUAUACACGAUCUGCAAAAUACUAUUUUUAUGACAACUAUUUUGACCUCCCUGGUGCUCUUCUCUGUGCCAGAGUGGUGGAUAUGUUGAAUAAGCGAGGAGCUGAAAUCACAUCUGACAUUUGGAAAGACAUUGUUGCUGCCAUUGACCAUAAUUACAACACAUCUGCAUUUCGGGAGGACACUGGGACGUAUUUCCCCAGUGUGAAGUGCUGUCCUGGCAGUUACCUGCAGCCCUGCUCAGAUGCGGUGAAGAGAUGGUUGAGGAGCAUGAAGAACAGCGGGAAAAUCCUGCUGCUCAUCACCAGCUCACACUCGGACUACUGCCGCCUCGUGUGCGAGCACAUACUCGGAAUGGACUUUGAGGAGCUGUUUGACAUCAUUAUCACUAAUGCUCUGAAGCCUGGAUUCUUCUCUUUGGUUCCACAGCAGAGACCUUUCAGAACGCUGGUGAAUGAUGUUGAAGAUAGUGAAGGGCUGCCGUCUCUGGAAAAGCCUGGUUGGUAUUCUCAGGGCAACUGGCCUCAUCUACACGAACUACUGAAGACCAUGUCCAACAAAUCAGAGCCCAAGGUGGUGUACUUCGGAGACAGCAUGCGCUCGGACAUGUUCCCAGCCUGCAGCUUUGGAAAGUGGGAGACGGUGAUGAUAGUGGAGGAGAUGGAGGGGGAGGGUGUUCCACGUGCUAACGCGACCCCCAGUAACAGCCCCACCCCGAGUGAAGGGCCGGUGGAGAAAAAGGGCAAAUUUGAGGAUCAAGGAAUGAAAUCUCCUUCAGCUGUAUCAAACCAGUGGGGCUCAUAUUUUGUGGAUGUGCAAAAGAAUGAAGGAGAGGAGACACAGAGUCUCACCUGGUGUUGCCACAGUAUCCACACAUACAGCACCAUGGCUAUACCCAGCAUUGAGGCUAUAGCAGAUCUUCCUCUAGACUUCAAGUUCCAGAGAUUCUCUUCAGAUAAGCCCAUCACGACAGGUUAUUACCCCAGACCUCCAGAGUCACUGCUGAAAUGGGAAGAGAACUAGCCCCAAACCCUCACGCCUGUCAGCAUAGGCCAGGAGAUUGUUUCACCGUUACGUUCUGGAGCUUCACCACAGAGCUAGACCAUCCAUUCGUCCAAUCAGUGAUAAAGCUGUGUGAAUGUAACACCCAGAGCACCCAGAGUCUGUGUAUUUUCUUCUCACCCCUUCCUGAAUCACUACAGUAUACACAGUAUGAAGUUGUGUCUGUACACGUGCUGAAAUAUCCGUACAUUGAUUAUUGGAUGUAGGAGGAAGUCACAGUGUAUUGUGUCUCACCCAGCGUCGUGCACUCACUACCAUUAAACUACUUUUAAUGGUGUACAGAGAAAAAAAAACAUAGCUUUCAUUUGAGCUGUGUGUGUUUUUUGUUUUGUUCCGUUCUGUUUUUAUAAAGGGAAUGUUAUAUGACCUCAGAGGGUUUGUUCUUGCAGCUGUUGUAAAUGCUUUCUGAGGAAAACAGGCACAUAUUAUAUUGAAUAUUCAUGCAAUCAAGAAACAGCCAUGAGUUCUUUGCUCCUUUUGUGAUUGGUUGAUGUUUUGAGAGUGUUGUAAACUGCAAUGUUUUGUUACAGGUUCAGAUCUGGGCCGGUUUAUUAUAGAAUAAUGUAAUUUGUUUUACUUUCCAUCAUUUGAUUAUGAUUUCAAGUACUUUGGUUUACUGUAGUUUACUGUAUUCUGCAGACGUUUCUGUGACAGAUGGGAAAAUGGACAUCAUUCUUCCAAGCGCCAGUGCUAAGAGGAAUAGUUUACCCAAAACUAAAAAAAACUCAUGAAUUAUUCACCAUCACCUUGUUCCAAACCAUUGAGCUGUUGAUGGAACAUAAAGGCAUUGCUGAGGAAUCUUCACACAGCUCUUUCCAUACAACGACAGUUCAUAGUGACCACAUAUGUCAAGCUCAAAAAAGUACAGAAAUAAAAGCAAAUGAAUCUAGCCUGUAUGAAUCAUGUGCUACAAUUCAAGUCUUCUGAUGCCACAAGAAGAACAUUUGUUGUUAUUUAUUGAUAUUUUUUCCCUCCAAUGAGUUGUUAUAGAAACAUUGUACCAGUUCACUGAUUUAAGUGAGAUGAACUCAAGAUCUGGAUCAUUGAAUUCAUUGGUAUCUUGAGGUGCGUCUUUUAAAGGAACUAGUUGAUCCAGUAAAUGAUGUGCUUAUAAUCAGACUGAUCUGUUUAACUUGCAGACGUGAUGAUCCAGUUACAGCAGUUCUCGAGUUAACAGCUCACUGACGGGAAAGUUUAUCAGUGGAAACAAGACUCACAUUUUGUUCUGUUUCUCGCACAAAACUAUCAUAAGACUUGAAAUACAGCAAAUAAGUACUAUGUAUGGUUUAGAUGUUUCAAGGAAGAAAGAAAGCCAUACAAGUUUGGAGCAACACAAGGUGAGUAAAGAAUUAAUUUCCAUUUAGUGGUGAACUAUUCCUUUUACUAAUGCAUUUUGUUUCAGGUCCUCAUUGUUAUUGAAUGUAGAGGGGUGAUUUUUUUUUUCUGUGUAAUGUAAUGUUAUCGUAACAUUGUGUAAAAAAAAAAUGUGCUGCUGUUGGGUGAUAGUCAAUGUAAACAGUCAGUUUCUGUCAUGCACAGGACCAGGGUUGAAUGGUGCCAAGCGUUACCCACCCAUUUAGUGAUUUUAUGUGUCAGGGCACAUCUCUCACCUAAAACCUAUUAUUUGUUUCUUGUGUGUGCUGGCCCUGAGCUUUAAUAACGUUUUGUUUAAAGCAAUGUAAGUGGAAUUGAUGUUUUUAUGUUGAGUGCUCUGAUGAGGUUUCUGUAGUGGUAGGCUGUAAUGGAUUUGACAUAAAAAUGGUACGGUGUUAAAACACACUGCAUGAUAAAGGUUUUACAGAGAUGCCCAAAACGGAGUAUUAAGUGACACUAGGCAGCUUCAUCAUGGGUAGAGAAGUGUGGAAAUCCUCAUCAAAAGCAUGACCUGCUUCUCUCAAAUUAAAAGAAAAUGUCUCUUCUUCUGUAUGUGGUGAGUAGCACUAGUGCUUGUUUAUUGAGUGCAGGGAAAAGUGUUAAUAUGUGCAGAUAAA